UAUUCAGGUGGAGAUGGAGGGACUGCGGAUGGAGCAGCCAGGCUGUGUUUCUGCUCUGCAGACACCAGAACAAGAGCUGCAGCCUACAAAUGAAUCCUAACAAAAUGAAGAGCUGCUGGAUACUUUCUUCUUCUUCUUCUUCUUCUUCUUCUUUCACCAAGUGCGUCCUGCGGAGGCUCUCUGACCCCGGAUGUCGCGGAUUUAUCUGCUUCUUUUCCAUCACAUGAAUUUUUAAAGUUCUUCGGACCCAGCCCCAGCGUCGCCAAUCGGCUUCCCUCUUGGAAAGAGUGGACCAAUCAGCGACAGUCUUUGAUGAAUAUUCAUGAGUCCGAGAUUCAAACCUUUGAGCGAGUUUGUCUUGGUCCACAGCAUCAUACCUAGGACUUUUCACAGGCUACAACUACAUUUUCUUAUGAAUGGAAAGAGAAAAAAUCAGUUCGCCUUAAAUUGGGACCCAUCCUUCACUGAGAUCAUAGAAGGAAAACAACAAAAGCAAGACAAGGGGAACCGCCAGAAGAGAUGACAAUGACUACAAUUCCAGAAAGUCUUAAUAGCCCUGCCUCAGGAAAAACCGUUUUCAUGGAGUUUGGACCCCCGAGUCAACAAAUGUCGCCUUCCUCCAUGUCUCACGGACACUAUCCAAUGCACUGUUUACAUUCUGCAGGUCAUACCCAGCACGAUAGCUACAGUCCAGCCUCGUCGUUCCCCAGAUCUUUGGGUUAUCCAUACGUAAACUCCGUCGGCAGCCAUUCUACCAGUCCAUAUCUCAGCACAGUACAGACCUACCAAAACAGCUCGGCACUCCCACAGACACGGUUAGAGGAGACAGCGCCAGAAGCAGAGAAAAACACAGUGGUGGAAGGCGGAGAGGUUCGAUUCAACGGGAAAGGGAAAAAGAUUAGAAAACCAAGGACUAUCUAUUCCAGUUUACAACUUCAAGCCCUGAACAGGAGGUUUCAACAAACUCAAUAUUUGGCGUUACCGGAGAGAGCUGAGCUUGCAGCGUCGCUGGGUCUCACUCAGACACAGGUGAAGAUUUGGUUUCAAAAUAAACGCUCUAAAUUCAAGAAAUUGAUGAAGCAAGGCGGUGGCACAAUUGACACCAACGCUUUAGCCACCGGCCGCGGACUGUCGAGCGGCUCUCCCUCGGUGACACCUGUCUGGAGCUCGCCGACCGCCACGAAGACUUCGGUGGGGACAACCGGAUCUUACAUUCCCAGCUACACCUCAUGGUAUCCAACCACACACCAAGAGUCUAUGCAACAGUCACAGCUCAUGUGAACAGGGAACUCAGCCCUCGACUCCGCCAUGGCUCGUGUAUCAGGAUGGUGAAGGGGCCUCAGCGCGGCCCAGCACUGAUAAUACUCAACAACAACCCCGGAGUUUGCUGCCGCAUGCCGCCAGCUGCUGACACAGUGGCCUCCUCAUACCGGAUGACUGCAAGCAGCGUAGAAGAAAAAGAAGGGAGCUGAGAGACUGAAACGGCACGCAGUGGGCCCAAGGGCAACGAGUCUGACAGUCAGCGGAAACCGUCGACAAAUUGGUCCUUUUUUGGCUGGUGUUUAUCACUUUUGUGUCAGUUUCUAUUUCAUUUUUUAAAAUCACAUUUGUGUGAGUUAUUCUGUUUAUAAGAAAACACGUGUUUGUUUACACCAGAUGUUGGGCCCAAAGUAAUGAUGACCUAAAACCAAUCUGCAUUCAUUAACAGUUAAAGGUCUAUUAGGCCAUAGGAGUGUUUCUUUAACCAAAUAAUGAUACUUCAUUAAUUCCACCAUCACCAUCAUGCUUACAGCACAGUCUACCACAGGGCAUAUUGUGCAAAGCCUCAUAUCGCUACUAUGUUGUUUAUAUGUGUUUGUUAUUUAAGUUAAAUUAUUCAAACUAGUUUUUCUGUUUAGGUCAGUCUGUGUUCAUUUUGUAAGUGUUUUGAAAUAACAACAAUGUGUUGUUAAUGCUGCACUAACGCAAGCAAAGCUUUUCUAUGCCGUGCCCCGAUGUUAUGUGAAAAAUGUAAAGGGUCUGACAAUUUGCUGCUUAAGAAAAAAAAAAUAUCUUGAGGGUGAGCAGCUUAUUUGUCCCUGUAUUUUGUACAUAAUUUUCAGAUUCGUUUUUUGUGCUGUACUGGAUACGCUGUGAAACAGGGUUUUAGGCUUUCUGUAUUCGUCGAGAUGUGUUUAGUCAACAUAGAAAAUAUUUAGUUUUGUAUUGAUUACUUUAAUUUAUUUAUCUGUUUCUGAAGUUUAUGUGCAUAAUGUGCAAAGUUUCAAAAGCAGUAAAAUAAUGAUUUAAA